AUGGCGAGAUGGUUUUGGAUGCAGAAAGAGCUACGGCAGUGUCGCGACAAGGCUCGUGAUGCCAGGGCAGCCCUUCAGCUUGCGCUUGCUACCCUGAACUUGAAAAGUACAGUACAAAUGUCACUGUAUGUUGAAAGAUUCGCUCUGCGACCCGCUAGCCAUCAUGAUUCGGAGUCUGCUACGGAUAUUGAAACCGAUGUUUCGCAGGAAAUUUUCAACUUCCCCACAGCUUCUGCUUCGGAAAGCAAGUCCAACGAUGACAAACAUCACAUCCUUCCUAGGCAAGAAGUAGAAAGAGAAGCGGGACCACUCUCAUUACUAUUUACUAAUGGACGACCAUCGGACGAAAAGAAAUUAGUCGGAAUGGACAUGGUCGUUUUCCGAGCCAGGCUCUCAGAGAAGCAAGGCGUAGAGGCAGUCAAGGGGUCCAUGCUAGCGUAUGGCCGCCUACUUCCAGAUGACCGGAGUUCUGCAGGAUGGGAUAUCAUGUUGAUGGCAAUAACAUGGGCGACACCAGAAGUAUUGGAAUUCAUGACAGGACUUUGGGCAGAGGAUUUACGCAAGGACACAUUUAACCCGUGA